GCUGCCCACGUGACUCCCGGGCGGGCGGGCCCCGCCCCGGUGGCUGCGCGCGCUUCCGGCGGCGGGGGACUCGUGGCGGCGGGCGGGGAGCGGCGCCUUCCGCGGGGCGAGCGGGUGCCGAGCAUGCUGUCCCUCCUGGUCAGGGCCGCCGCCACGGCCGCCCCGCUGCGCUCGCUGUGCCGCUCGUCCUUGUGCUCGCUGGCCCCUUGGGGACGGGCGGCGGGGCUGCCCGCGGCCUGUGGGAGCUGGGCCCCGCCGCCGUGGCGGGCGCCCCGCGGGCUGCUGGCCGCGCCGCCGCCGCCCGGGCCGCCGCUGCCGGCGGGGCUGAAGACGAAGACGGCGCUGAAGAGGCGCUGCAAGGAUUGCUACAUCGUGCGGCGGCGCGGGCGGCUCUACGUGUGCUGCAAGAGCAACCCCCGGCACAAGCAGCGCAAGGGCUAGCGCCGCCGGGACCGCCGGGGCACGGAGCCGGGCCGUGCCCGCUGCCCGGCCCGCAGCACCCCGCGGCCCCUGUCCCUGUCGCCUCCGGGAGCCCGCAGCCGCGGACACGGGUCGCGAAAUCUCGUGCGUGACAAUCUUUCAUCUUUGGAACACCUAGAGAGAGGCGUCAAGGACCUUGAGGGCCCUUGGUGGAAUUUCAGGCCCUGGAUACGGAGAACUGAAGUGGGAGACAGCAGCCUUCAGGACCUCUUGUCAUCUUAAGCGUGAAGCCUUAAAAUCACCGCCCUGUUAAGUUAGUAAGGGUGAAGCUGUAUCACUGGACUCUGAGGUGCAUUUGGGUUUAAUUAUAGCAAAAUGAAAAUAAACUCCAUUGAUUUUCAGAA